CCCUUCUUCUCCGUCUUGUACAUCUACGUCGCCCCGGCUAACCACCGGCGUCCACAACUUCCUGGCCCGCCGUGCCAUGAGCCCAUGACCACACAGCAAAACCACCACCGAGCAGCAGCUGAAGAAUUCCCGCUGAACUCGCCUGCCUCCUCCACCGGCUCCGCCGACUCCGCACCCUUGCACCACCGCGCCCCAGCCACGCCGUCAACUGUGCUCCCGUUCGACACCAACGACGCCGACGAGAUGCUCCUGCUCCACAUGCUCUCCCAGCACCACGAGGUCCAGCACGACGCGGCGGCACCCACGAUUGCGCCGGUGAAGCGGGAGGCCAGCCAAGAGGAAGACAAGGCGGCCGUGGACGUCGGGCCUGCGUUCCGCGGGGCGCGCAAGCGACCGUGGGGCAUGUUUGCGGCGGAAAUCCGUGACUCGACGCGGAACGGCAUGCGGGUGUGGCUGGGCACCUUCGACAGCCCGGAAGCUGCGGCGCUCGCGUACGACCAAGCUGCGUUCGCCAUGCUCAACUUCCCCGCCGACCAGGUCAGGCGCUCUCUCGAGGGCGCCGACGCCGACGUGUGCGGCCAUGCCCAAGGCGUAUCGCCCGUGCUGGCGCUCAAGCGGCGGCAUUCCAUGCGUAGCGGGAAGGCCAUGACAACAGGCAGGAAGUCGAAGGCUUCCACCCGGGGGGCGCAGCCAGAGGGCAUGGGGAUGGAACUUGAGGACCUUGGUACAGAGUACCUGGAGCAGCUGCUCGGCCCACCUCCUCCAUGAAUUCAUGGUGCUGGAGCCACCACUCCAUGACGACUUGAAGAUGAUGGACUGAUCGCUCGCUGCUUUUCUGUUUCUUGUUGCUCAGUCUUGUUCUAGCUAGAUAGAAUUCAGAUAGCUUCGUUGGGAUUGAGGAAACCGUUUGUGAAA